GCAGUCGGAGCUCAGCGCGCCCCCAAAUUUUCGGUUCUAUUCCUAAAACCCAAACCCUCGCCUCUGUUCGUCUUUCCUCUCUGCUCCUUCUCCCCCGUGUCCUCUUCCCCGCCGGAGCUUCGGCGCUUUCCGUCAUCGUCCCACAAAGAUGAAGCUCGUCAGGUUUUUGAUGAAGCUGAACAACGAGACCGUGUCCAUUGAGCUCAAGAACGGGACCGUCGUUCACGGCACCAUCACAGGUGUUGAUAUCAGCAUGAACACACAUCUGAAGACAGUCAAACUUACUCUUAAGGGGAAGAAUCCAGUAACCCUCGACCACUUGAGCGUGCGAGGCAACAACAUCCGCUACUACAUCCUCCCCGACAGUCUGAACCUCGAGACUUUGCUGGUGGAAGAGACACCGAGGGUCAAGCCCAAGAAGCCUACUGCUGGGAAACCAGUGGGACGAGGCCGGGGUCGCGGGCGUGGUCGUGGCCGAGGGCGUGGGCGCUAAGAAAUCUAUUUUGGGCUUUAUGCUGAGAAUUCUGUACCAAUCUCUAAUAUAAGAAUCCUGUACCGGCUAUUAACUUUUGGUGCACAUUGUUCAUUAGUGUUUUAGACAUGGGGUUAGUGCUUUUAUUGCUCCCUCGGUUUCUCUUGCUCUUUUUUUUUUUUUUGUGUUUCCACUAUGAUUCCAUGAAAGAUCCAAGCUCUCACUUCAUGAUAUAUCAUCUUACCAUCACAUUUCUAUAAUAUACCAUAUUGUUCAUUUUCGGUCGA